CUUGUCAGCAAACGAUCAACGAUACGAUUAUUGUAAAAUUUCUGUAAUCUAAUUCAAUUAAUUCCAUUCCAUAAAAAUGUUUCCUGUAAGACUAAGUUUAUUUUUUCCUAUUUAUUCCUAUGGUAAACUAAACAUAGCAUCAAUUUCUGCCUUCGCAUAAAAUUCUCUUUAUUUACAAGGCUAUUGUGAAGAGUCGAAUCUUUUUAUUUACGUGUGUUUGUAUUUUUUAUUCAAAAUGGAAAAAGGAAUGACAUGCGAACAUUUAAACAAACUGGUCCACGUACUCGGGAAAGAAUUAUGGCAGUCAAAAGAGGCUUUGACAUGUUUCGACUGUGGCUGUCCCGGCCCGAACUUAUGGAUCUGCCUGCAGCCUGAGUGUCAUCAUGUUGGCUGUUCUGAAGUAAAAAAUGAUCACAGUACAUUCCACCACAAGAAUUUCGCCACGCAUUGCGUUCACAUGAAUGUUUCAACUGAAAGAAUAUGGUGUUAUUCAUGCGAAAAAGAAGUGCACAUAAGAGCUGCUAUGGCACAUUCAGCUCAGAGUCCAGAUUCGACAACAGCAGAUGGAUCAGUGAGGAUUGGUUCUGUUGGCCUAUAUGCUGAUGAUGAUGUGGAUCCUGAUGAAAUGGAAUACGACGAGGACAGUAGACCUAGAGGUCUAGUGGGGCUCCAGAACAUGGGUAACACGUGUUACAUGAACGCGGCGCUACAAGCCCUGAGCCACACGGCGCCUCUGACGUCAUACUUCCUGGAGUGCGCCGCUGCCGUCAACAUACUCGCCGGAGACAAGAAACCAGGCAUUAGCCGAGCAUACCAAAAAUUAAUUCAAGAAAUGUGGAGUAGAAAAUCUAGAGGCUACGUUGUACCUAACGGAAUCCUGUAUGGUAUUAGAAAUGUUCAUCCGAUGUUUCGUGGAUACCAUCAACACGACACGCAGGAGUUCUUGCGCUGUUUCAUGGAUCAGCUACAUGAAGAACUAAAAGAGCCGAUAUAUAAUUGUACACCAAACGAUAAGCUCGACUCGGAAGCUGACGGUGACCACCACGGGAACAGAAAGAUACACGUGCGUCGUAGGGCCGCGUCAUCGGGAGCAAGUGACGCGCCUUUCUUCGCGAGGAUGAGGCGGAAAUCGCCGGCCCCCGCCUCGUACAACGACUCGGCUGCAGACGGAUAUUAUAGAAUACAUAAUCAAGAAACCGCCGGUACAAGACACAAGAGAUCUGCCAGUUUCGCCGGCAUGCACCAGUUCACGUACAACGCUCACACGCAGCAACUUAAUGGCCCAACGUCAAAUCAAAGAGACGUAGGUUCAGAAUCGGAAUUAUCGUGUUCGAGUGAACCCGAAGAGCGGUACGAGACUUGUUCGAGCGGCGCUAGUGACGCGCCCGACUCCAAGGAUAAAGAGAACACAAAAAGCGGUUCAUCCGGCGACGGCAGCAACGUGAAGUACCGAAGCAUCAUAUCCGACGUUUUCGACGGGAAGUUACUAUCAGCCGUUCAGUGCCUAAUAUGUGACAGGGUAUCAACGAGAAUAGAAACAUUCCAAGACUUGUCGCUGCCGAUCCCGUCCCGGGAACACUUGGCCGUGCUGCGCUGCCAGCAGCCCAUGCUGAACCACCACGCGGCCCACAACGCACAGGAGUCCUGGGUGUGGUGGUUGCUCAGCUGGCUGCGGUCCUGGUUCUACGGGCCGGUGGUGUCGUUGCAAGACUGUCUGGCCGCCUUCUUCAGCGCCGACGAACUCAAAGGCGACAACAUGUACAGCUGCUCCCGCUGCAAGAAAUUACGUAACGGCGUGAAGCUAUCCGGCAUCGUGGUGCUACCGGAGGUGCUGUGCGUCCACUUGAAGCGCUUCCGGCACGAGCUGCUGUUCAGCGCCAAGGUGGCCGCCAGGGUCGCCUUCCCCAUCAACGAUCUGGACAUGACGCCUUACACGCACAAAGAGUGCACCUCGUCCGUGUCGCGGUACUCGCUGGCGGCGGUGAUCAGCCACACGGGCACGGCGGGCGGCGGGCACUACACGUGCGCGGUGCGCGCCGGCGCCGGCUGGUACUCGUUCGACGACCACGCCGUCGCGCCGCUGCACGUGCACCAGCUCGCCGCCGCCGAGGCCUACGUGCUCUUCUACAGAAAAGUCAAUCCCCAAAUGGCCGUGCUGAGAGAGAAAGCCGCCGAGAUAUUGGAAUCAGCGAGUAUUGGACCGAACGACCCUAAAUAUUAUAUUUCAAAGCAAUGGAUCAACAAGUUCAACACGUGGGCGGAACCAGGGCCCGUGGACAACAGCGACUUCGUGUGCUCGCACGGCGAAGUGAGGCCGGACAGAGAGCCGUACUUGGCCGCUCUAGCAGUCGCCUUACCACCGGCGCUCUGGGACUUCCUACACAAACAGUUCGGUGGUGGGCCGGCGGUGCGUGCGUGCGCGGCGUGCGGCGCGUGCGGGCGCGCGGCGAGGCGCGUGCGGGCGCGGGCCGCAGCCGAGCUGCACGCCUUCUCCGCCCUGCACGCCGCCUUCCAGGAACAAGAGCAGCCGUGCGCUCUGUACGCUGUGAGCAUGCACUGGUUCCGGCAGUGGCAGGCGUUCGUCCGGAACAAGUCGCCGCAGCCGCCGCCGCCCGUCGACAACAGCGGCAUCGUCACCAAGCAGGACGUCGACGGCGUUGUGACGUACACCCUGAAGCAGGGCUCCGACCACGCUCAGCUCAACCACGAGCUGUGGAGGUUCUUCGUGGACAUCUACGGAGGUGGGCCCGAGGUCAAGAUUAGAUCGCACAGCUGCCAUCAGAUCGAGACCACGCUCGACAACAGGCGCCUCUCGAGGAAGUACUCGGAGUCGGACAAGGAAGAUUACUGCUCGAAGUCCACUUCAGAAGCUGACAUCAGAGACAGCAUACAAGCAGCCGAACUGCAGAAGAACCAGUCGCUUCAGAACAUCAAUGGGCGGAAGAUCUCUCGGGCGUCCGGAGACUCGGACGAUGACGUCACUUACCAGUACAAGCGACACGAGCCGAACGGGAACUACGGGGAUUCAGGGGACGAGCCCGCGUCAAAGCCUCGCCAACACCGGACUCGACGGCUCCGAUCACGACGCCUACGACAACCCGCUCUAUCUGACGAGGUCCGACAACGAACCGCCGAGCCUAGACGGCAUGCCGCUCAGGAACAAACCGACGGAGACCGGUAAGGUCAGGCAGGCGAUAAACGAACAUUCCUCGUCUCUUGGUGACCGGUGAAAAAGGUGCAUUUAAAAAAUAAAAACUGUUUUUUUAUUUUAUGACUGAGAAAACGAUAUUUUUCUAAAUAUUCCGUGUGAUUCGCUGUCGGUGCGUGCGCGUUUGUUAAACGUAUAGUUUUGAUAAAACGGGAUAACUUUGUAAUCAAGAUAAAUAUGUAGAAUAUAUUUUUAUUUAUUGACGAAAACAUUAAUUUAACAAUAGGCGAACGUAAUAAAUUUUAUAUUAACGCUCAAUGUGACAAGCGUUAUU